CUUUUCUUAUGCAAUAAUUCUUGGACAAGGAUAUUCUUGGCUUCCUUGAUCAGACACUUUAGUAGAGGAAUAGGCAGUCUUAAGUUUUGGAAAGGAGGACUAUGAACUAAAUGCUCAUGAUGCCUACAAUAUAAAGGAACAGGAUUUAUAGGGGUCACCUUGUCAUGUAAGUCUGGUUGCUUUUGAGAGGUAUAACUGAGGAAGAAGUACCUUUCUCUAAUUAUGUUAAAUCAGGGAACCCAGGAACAGAAAUAUGACUAGAACUUUCAAACUUGUUUUCCACAAUUGAAUGCUUUAUUGCAAAGCAAUUUGAGAUUGACACCAGGCUGAAAUUAGGAAGAAGAGACCAAGCUACAGAUGUUGCUCACUGGAAGGAGUGAAAAGAAAGCCAUUGCUAUGCCUGAUAUUUUCUUCUAUCUCAAUAUUGCUCUCUUUUUCUCUUCUCUCAAUACCAUUGUCAUAGUGUUACCUGUAUUUUUUUUAAUCUAGCUCCAGAAUUCUGAUAAAAACCAGUCCCAUGCAAUAUGCCAAAUAUUCUGGGUUUAAGCAAGGGACACCUGAUUUACUAUAGAUUAGAAUUGAUGUAGUAGUUAGAAAAGGAUAAUUAAUAAAUUUACCUGGUAUUAUUCUUUCUUCUUAGUAUUCUAAUCUAUAUUAGGAUAAUUUUCCAAAACAUUUGGGGUUCUGCCAUUAUCAUAAGGAUUAUGAUAUAUUUCUCAUUUUUUUGCCAAGGGGGAUUUUUUAACAUGUAUAUAAGGCAAGUUACAUAUUUCUAAACACAACACAUUGCUCAAUUAUGAUAACAUUGCACAAUUUCAGUAGAAUAAUGGGCUUAGUAUUUUGUGCAUGUUUUUGGGUAAGUGAUAAUUUUCUUCAAACUCAUUUGCAAGAUACUUACGGUACUGUAAAUCAGUUGGUGAGGGAACUGGCAAAUUCUCAAUUUCUCCUCAUAAUAACAACAUAUAUUUUUAAUACAAUAUAUUGUUGAAGACACUUAAAAAUGAGUUUUUGAUAUAUCUGGGUGGUAUUUUAAUAUAGAGGGGCUUAUCUGUUUGGUCUGCCAAAGAGACACCAUCAAUUACCAGUUUUAUUAAAAUGCUAUCUGUUAUUUGCUUCCUAGCAGAUCUACUUACUUUUGUCCUUUCAGAUCAGUUGAACAUACUUUCAGAUAAAAACCCGAACUUACCCCCAGCAGGCACAUGGGCCAUUUUUGGGCCAGAAUGUGGACGUUAAAGUGAUAUUAGUGUUUUGCUUUGGAGCAUGACCACUUCCAUUUAUAUAGUAAUGUGAGAAGUCAAGACUGUGGACAUAGUGGCAUCUCUUGUUCUAAGGGUACUAAGAUAUUGUGCAGCUAAGAAAGUGAAUUACAGCUAACUAACUUACAGUAGACAAUUGUCUCACAAAAUUCUAUGGCCAAAGUGGCUUAUAAAUUGCACUGUAUUCUUGCAAGAACACAAAUCAUGCAUAUAAACAUCAGCAUGUGAAGUAAUUCGGUAUUUUAUAUCAACCUUUGUUUCUGUUGAAGACUCAAAUAGCACAUUGUUGGCUCAGCCUUAAGAUUUUACCCAUCUUUAAGAAGAGAUUAUAAAGCUUUGGAGCUCUUGGUAUUCUCUGACCUUGGUUGUUUGCUUCCAGACAUUUCAUUAUUCAACUAGGUUACAUCAUCUGUGCUAUGGAGUGUACAGCUUGCUCCCUGUUUUUAUUCAGUAGCUUGCCUGUCAAUGUUGGUGAGGGUGUGGUUUUCUCCUUGGUAGCUCCUUAAUUAGGGUUCUACUUGGUUGGUGUUAAUCCCUGCUUAGGACAUGGGCAUCUAGGAAAGAGGAAAAGUAGUAUCCUAUCUAGAAUUUGUGAAUGGUAGAUAUCCCUUCUCUUUCUGAUUUCCUUCAGGCCAUUCCUGACUAGGCAAGAUGGAGAAAGAAUUCCAUGGAGUAACUCAGAUGAGUUAGAUGGCAUCUCAGAUCAGUGACAGUGCUGGCUAAGUAUAUGGAGGCUAUAAGGGUCUGGAUGGGGAAGAACCAACUUUGAAUCAAUCCUGGCAAGAUGGCGUGUCUAUGGGUUUUUGGUCCCCCAGGAUCAGAUAAUUAUUCAUCUUUGAUUUUGGAUGGGGUGACGCUUCCUUGGACUGAACUGGUACACAAUUCUGGGGUUCUGGGCUCACAACUCCUGCUGAAGGAGAAGGUGGCAGUUGUGGUUAGGAGGGUCUUUGCAGAGAGUUGUCUGUUACAUCAAUUGUGUCCUUUCCUGGACUGGGAGGCCUUGCUCAUGGUCACUUAUGUCUUGGUCACCUCCUAUUUGGAUUACUGCAGUACACUCCACAUGGUGUUGCCCUUGAAUACCACCCAGAAACUUCAGCUGGUCCAGAAUAUACACUAUACACAGUAAUGAGACCUCUGGAUUUGCCUGUGUAACACCUGUUGCACGAACUGCAUUGGCUUCCAGUUUCUUUCUGAUGAAUUCAAAGUGCUGGUCCUCACCUUUAGAACUUGACAGCACAGGGACAGAUAUGCAGGACCACCUUUCCCUAAGGACAUCUCUACCUGUCCUACCAGGUCAGAUAGAAUGAGCAUAUUCCUAGUCCCUUCCCCUAAAAUUGUCGUGAUGAGAGCUAGGAAAUGUUCCUUUUCCAUGGCAGCCCCUGCCCUAUGCUACAUUCUUUCCCCCUGAAGUUUGGCAGGGCUUUUACCCCUUUUAGCCUUCUGUAAGACUUUAAAGACCUGGCAUUUCUCUCAGACAUUGGGAGAUUAGAUAAUGGCACAUUAGCACAGAGUGGUGCCAUGUUAUUAACAACUGCAUUGUUAAUUUAACAUUUUAUUUUUCAUUGAUUGAAUGUUAUAGUUUUUAAAACAAUUUUAUGUGCCUUUUGAUUUUUAAUUGGGAGCUGCCCAGAGUUGCUUGAGAGAUGGACAGUUAUAUAAAUGUUUUCAAUAUAAUAAAUGGGUUAGAGAGAUUGAGUUCUUUUAAAUAAGCCCUCUUUUUCUUUGUUAUUGAUGUAUAAUGCGGAGGAACCCAAGUGAGUGGACCAAGUGAUGCUCUCUUUCAAUUCCUCAAGCUAAAAUGCCUCCCUUCAUCAAAAUUGUGUUUUGCUCGAUAUUCAUAUUUGAUUCACAUAUGUGUAACUCUGUGGUCAAACUGGAAACAUCAGUACUUCAUCUGUGACUGGUUAUGGGAAUGUUUCAUCAUACUCCUUCUUGCAAUUUGCCACAUCCAUGGCUUCUGGGAGACAUUGGGGGAAGUAUUGCGUUGUGCUCUGGAGAAACAUUCAAACAGUCCCACAACUUGCUUGAGCUGUUCCUUCCAGAGUCAAAUCAUCACGUAAGAUUGUUCCAGUAUACUAAUACUACAUGUUCUUGCCAAACAAUGGUAGGAGACUGUCACUAAUUCCAAACUAUUGUGACUACAUGAGAGCUGCUUGCAGCUCUGCCUGCCCUAGUUGCCUAGACUGUGAUCUAGGCUAUUGUGAUGGAAUGUACUCCCACAGCAAUGGGGGGGGGGGUAUUUUGUUAAUUUAGAGCCUUCCCAAAGAAGCCUUGAUUAAGAGACUGCUUAGUCCUGAGCUGGACUAAAUUCACUCUAGAAUCUCUCAGGAUAUAUCUAGUAGGAAAGAAGGUUAUAGUUUUAGCCUGGUAAGUUUCUGUCCAUUAGGUGCAAGCAAAUAAAGGAUUGAAUUUGACUGAAUUUCAUUGUCUCAUCUCUGGGCUUAGGCCUGACAGUCAUGGCAAGCAGAAAUGAGAGGCAUAAUGAGAGUCAUGUUUAGCUGGUAUCUCCUGGUGAGGAGCAGAGAUGUGAGGUCAUUAUGACAUUACCCAUCAGUGAUGUCAUAUUACAGCAUCUUAAAUGCAAGGCUGCUUCCUACAUAAAACUUAACUAGAGCCACCUAGACUGUUAAGAGAAAAUAAAAGAGCAAGCUGGAUUUGGAUAUUCUUUUAGAGAAGAUUACUUUUUACAUGUAGAUUGCCUUUUGUGGCUUAUACGGAGUGCACCAAACUUUCUCUCUCUCGCAUGUAAAGUUUCAUCACGGUGAGAAGAAUGGGUUCGGUUUCAGAGAUGCUAACAGCAGUCCCCCUUCACAAGAGGCCUGAUCUCCUGGAGGCCUGUGCUGACCUCAUCAAUGAAGAAUGGAGACGGAGCCGGACCUCCCGUAUCCACUCUCUGCAAAAGUCUAGUGACAACUUUCCCAUGUGCCUGGUACUGAUCAGAACUUUGAGGCUAAUGGAGGAAACUGGAGAAGGGAAGACGUCCAAUACCCAAUGCCAACUUCUGGGACAUGCCAGGUUGUCCCGUGUAGUUGGCCAAUCUAACAGUUUAUUUGUGGAGACUGUGGUGGUUGCCAAGGCCCUCCGUGGAAAGGGCUAUGGCAGGAAGCUGAUGGAAGCUGUUGAGAAUUUUGCCAAGGCCCAUGGCUAUCACCAUCUGUAUCUCACCACACAUGACAAGCAGCAUUUUUAUGCCCACUUGGGCUAUAGCUUGUCCAAGCCUGUCCAGUGGGCUGGAUUCAUCAGUUCUCUGGUACCUAUGGAAUUUUUGGAGAACUUCUCUACCCCUCAGUGGAAGACAGAACUUCCUGCACAAUCCGGGAAGCAUAAUACAAAUGCAUCAUACCAAAGCAGAUCUGGGACAAAGCUCCCUCCUUCACCAUGUGCUGCACCUCUUUCCUCUUCUCCUUUUUGCUCAGUGACCCCCCCUUCAUUGCCUUCUCCUUGUUCUUAUCAUUCAGGGACAGCUACCAUUUCUCCCCGUCCUCCAUUGCCAGGUCCCCAUCCAUCCUCUGUCCAGUCCACUAAUGGUCUGGUUCCCUCUUCACCAUCAGCCUCCCCAUUUGCCUCUGCAGCCCCAGCAUUUCCACCCUCUCCUCCUCCUCCUCCUCCCCUUCCACUUCCAGUGCCUCCACCAAGAGCCUUUUUACUAGCCCAGUCAAGCUCUGGUAAACCUGCCUCUUCCAGGGUUUUGGAGAAUACAGCUGAAGAACAGACACUUUUAGAAACACCUUAUCGGGAUCUGAAAGGGCAGCCCAUAUUCUGGAUGAAGAAGGAUGUAUAACUUUCCCAUCUUGUGACUGCAGUAAAGUUGAAAUAAGUGAACAAGAAGGAAAAAGGAAAGCUUUCCUGUUUUAAAAGGAAAGUUUGGCUUUGUGAGACAGAAGAUCACCAUUUAAAAUGAAUAAAACAAUGUAUUUGGUUU